GUCCCCGAUGUCCCCGUGUCCCCUCUGUCCCCAGCUGCUGGUGCUGGCGGCGGCCCUGGGGGAGCAGCAGCGCCUUUGGGGGUCCCCAUCGCUGCCCCUGGUGCUCGUGGUGGCCGCUCAGGGGGUCCCGGUGCUGCGGCGCCUGCGGGAGCUGAACCAGAAUUCUGCCCCCGGGCCCGGGGGGUUCCUGGCGAUCUUCGGGGCUCUGGCCUGGGGCCCUUUUGGGGGUCCCCUCCCGGCGCUGCUGCUCCUGCGGAGACCCCAGCAGGGGCUGGGGGGAGCCGGGGGCGCCGCCUGUGGGGGGCUCUACGCUCUGGGCUUGUGGAUCUUCCACGGUGCCACCACCCAGAGGAGCCUCUUCAGCCGCGACCCCCGAGACCCCCGUGUGGCUGGUGAGACCCCCAAAGGCCCGGGACACCCAAACCGCCGAGGAGCCCCAAAUUUGGGACCCCCCAAACUCCUGUUUGCCCCCGCCCCAGGUCUCCCCACGGUCCCCACGGCCACGGGGCAGGUGCUGCUGGCCGGGGGCUGGUGGGGGCUCGUGCGACGCCCCGACGACCUCGGGGAGCUGCUGAUGGCCUUGGGCUGGACCCUCCCCUGCGGCCUGUCCCCGGCCCUGCUGCUGCUCCUGGCGGGGGCCGUGCUCCGCGAGCUCCGAGCGGUGGUGGGGGAACGGCGGCAGCGGCGCCGCUUUGGGGGGGCCUGGGGGGGCCUGUGCCAGCGCGUCCCCCAUCGCCUGCUGCCCCUCGUCUACUGAGGGCUCCUCCGAGACCCCCCUGCGACCCACCGAGGGACCCCCCCAGGACUCCCCACGUUGCCUGUGGAACCCCCUGGGCUCCCCCCAUCUACUGGGGCACCUUCGGGACCCCCCAGCUCCCACCCCCAGCAUUUACUGACACUGCCGGGAUCUCUCCCAUGGACUGAGGGACUCCCAGGACCCCCUUGGGACCCCCCCAGGUCACAGGGGGUUCCACAGCCCCAUCGCUGUGGAUCACUUGUAAUAAAGUCUUGGGGUCUCCUUUC